AACAGGAAAAAUGAAUUAUGAAUUCAAAAAUACUUAAGCUGUGAUUGCCCUCAGCUGACUGCACAUGCUCUGAGAUGCAAGAUUUACGGAACGCAGAAGGAGCUCAAUAUAGUUCCCACGCUCAGAUGGCAGCCAUGAGACCAAGGGUUCAACCUGCAGAAAUUAGGCAGCCAGGAAUGAUGCAGCAUGGUCAGCUGACUACCAUUAACCAGUCACAGCUCAGUGCUCAGCUUGGUUUGAAUAUGGGUGGAAACAAUGUUCCCCAUAACUCUCCAUCUCCACCUGGAAGCAAGUCUGCAACUCCCUCACCAUCCAGUUCAGUCCAUGAAGAUGAAGGGGAUGAUACCUCUAAGAUCAAUGGAGGAGAGAAACGACCUGCUUCUGAUAUGGGAAAGAAACCCAAAACUCCCAAAAAGAAGAAGAAGAAGGACCCUAAUGAGCCACAGAAGCCUGUGUCUGCCUAUGCAUUAUUCUUCCGAGACACUCAAGCAGCCAUCAAGGGCCAAAACCCAAAUGCUACAUUUGGUGAAGUCUCUAAAAUUGUAGCUUCAAUGUGGGAUGGCUUGGGAGAGGAACAAAAACAGGUAUACAAAAAGAAAACUGAAGCUGCUAAGAAGGAAUAUUUGAAGCAGUUAGCUGCAUACAGAGCAAGCCUUGUAUCCAAGAGCUACAGUGAACCUGUUGAUGUUAAGGCGUCCCAACCACCUCAGAUGAUUAACUCAAAACAGUCAGUGUUCCAUGGGCCCACACAGGCUCAUUCCGCACUGUACCUAAGCUCCCAUUAUCACCAACAAUCCGGAAUGAAUCCGCACAUAACUGCCAUGCACGCUAAUAUCCCCAGGAAUAUUGCACCCAAGCCCAACAACCAAAUGCCAGUGACUGUUUCCAUAGCAAACAUGGCUGUGUCCCCACCUCCACCGCUUCAGAUUAGCCCACCUCUCCACCAGCAUCUCAACAUACAGCAACACCAACCCAUUACAAUGCAGCAGUCCAUUGGAAACCAACUCCCAAUGCAGGUCCAGUCUGCUUUACAUUCACCUACAAUGCAGCAAGGAUUUACUCUUCAGCCUGAUUAUCAGAAUAUCAUCAACCCUACAUCUACAGCUGCACAAGUUGUUACCCAAGCAAUGGAGUAUGUUCGUUCAGGGUGCAGAAAUCCUCCAGCACAGACUGGGGACUGGAAUAAUGACUACUGCAGUAAUGGGGGCAUGCAGAGGGACAAAGCACUGUACCUUACCUGAAAAUCUGGAAAACCUCUCCUUUCUGUUGAAGAUUGCAGGGAAGUCUUUUCAUCACGGAUUGCUUUAUGCAGUCAAGGCAGUUCUGCAUUUUAUUAGAAAAUACAAGUUGCUAAGCACUUAGGACUAUUUGAGCUUGUGGGUCACCCACUCUGGAAAAAAAUAGUCUUGCUUCUUUCUUUCUUUUUUUAUUUUAUUUUAUUUUUUUUCUCAGAGAUCCUUUAACGGACAUUGCUUUUCUUCUUUCCUGACGGAAAAUUGGACUACUCAGAUUUUAUGUUGGUUUUUGCUGUGAAGUGCUGCGCUAGUAACUGCCUUAGCAACUGUAGAUAAAAGUCCUGGAUUUUCCAUUGGUUUUCAUAAUGGGUGUUUAUAUGAAACUACUAAAGACUUUUUAAAUGGCUUGAUGUAGCAGUCAUAGCAAGUUUGUAAAUAGCAUCUAUGUUACACUCUCCUAGAGUAUAAAAAUGUGAAUGUUUUUGUAGCUAAUUGUAAUUGAAACUGGCUCACAAUAGGGGUUAAAUUGGCAAACAUUCAUAUUUUUACUUCAUUUUUAAACAACUGACUAAUAGUUCUAUAUUUUCAAAGUAUUUGGAAAAAAUAGUGUUCCCAAAUGAUGUUAAUUAAAAAUAUUGGCUUUGUCUCAUUAAAUAGAUAAAAAGGUGAAAAAAAACUUGUCUUGGGAAAGAGCACAAACACAUUUAUUUUAUACUGCCUAAAAAUGCUUUUUUUAAAAAAAUCACUUUACGUGUAAUGGUUAGUAAACAUCAUUUAAGUCCUUUUAUGUAUAAAACUGCCAAGUGCUUACCUGAUAUUUUAUUAGAUGCAGAAACAGAUUGGAGACAGCUAAAUUAUAACCUUUACAUAUGGCUAUGUAUUAUUGUUUCUUCAUACUGUGUCUGUAUUUAAUCUUUUUUUAAUGGAACUGUUGCGCCUAUUUAUGAAAUAAUAAAUAUAGGUGUUCGUAA